CCUGCUCCGGCUGGGUGUCUGUCCGCCUGAAAGUGAAGUGUGUUCGGCGUGCGGCUGGUGUCGGAGUUUUACCCCCCCCCCCCCCGUCUUUCGUUCAGUGUUGUUGUCGGCUUUUUAACUUCACUCGAGAGCUUUUACGUUACUACUUUUACAACCCAGCCCUGUAAACGAUAUAUGGGACGUUUUUUUUAUAAAAGUUCCCGAAGUGCUCUCCGAGGAACCGGUGGACGACGGAAACUACCAGACCAGAGAUGGAUAAGCUAACCGAUAGCUGAGUUGUUAGCCGAGAAUCACAGGUCAAGAAUAGGAUCACGCUAGCAUGCUAACCGCUAGCUGAUUUAGCAUUCCAUUGGCUAACCGAGCGACUUCGUCGACCUGUAACGUCCGAACUUCUGCCGGUUAUUUCUCGGGCCCGACCGCUAACGUUACGCCGUGGACAUUUUGUUGGAGGCCAGCUAACCCAGGAAGAAGACUCGGGUCUGCGUUUUAAAGAGUGGGGAAAGACACAAGUGUUGUCGAGAGCAUGCUGUCCAACGCUCAGAACCAGCCACUGUUUCCCAACCCGUCGGGGCAGCAGAACCCCGGCGGGCAGCAGAACACUACAGGCCAGUUCCUCCCCUUCCACGCUCGACCCUCCUUACAGAUCAAGAAGAACGCCAUAACGGACGACUACAAGGUAACCAGCCAGGUGCUGGGGCUGGGCAUCAAUGGCAAGGUGCUGGAGAUCUUCCAGAAGAAGACCGGAGACAAGUAUGCGCUGAAGAUGCUGCAGGAUUGUGCCAAGGCCCGUAGGGAAGUGGAGCUGCACUGGAGGGCUUCUCCCUGUGCCAACAUUGUGCGCAUCAUUGAUGUCUAUGAGAACCUCUAUCAGAGCAGGAAGUGUCUGCUUAUUGUCAUGGAGUGCAUGGAUGGCGGUGAGCUUUUCAGUCGAAUCCAGGACAGAGGAGAUCAGGCCUUCACAGAGAGAGAGGCGUCGGACAUCAUGAAAAGCAUAGGUGAAGCCAUUCAGUAUCUUCAUGCCGUCAACAUUGCUCACAGAGACGUCAAGCCAGAGAACCUGCUGUAUUCCUCAAAGAGGCCCAACGCCCUGCUCAAACUCACAGACUUUGGCUUUGCUAAAGAAACCACCUCCCACAACUCUUUAGCUACUCCGUGCUACACCCCCUACUAUGUCGCUCCAGAAGUUCUUGGCCCAGAGAAAUAUGACAAGUCAUGUGACAUGUGGUCCCUGGGUGUCAUUAUGUAUAUCCUGUUGUGUGGAUACCCUCCUUUUUAUUCUAACCACGGUUUAGCCAUCUCUCCUGGGAUGAAGAAGAGGAUCAGGAUGGGCCAAUACGAGUUUCCAAACCCUGAGUGGUCUGACGUAUCCGAGGAAGCAAAACAACUGAUUAGGACCCUCCUUAAGACUGAGCCAACGCAGAGGAUGACCAUCACAGAGUUCAUGAAUAAUCCCUGGAUCAAUCAAUCAAUGGAGGUUCCCCAGACCCCACUUCACACCAGCCGGGUGCUGAAGGAGGAGAAGGACGCGUGGGAGGAUGUCAAGGAGGAAAUGACCAGUGCCUUGGCGACAAUGAGGGUCGACUACGAGCAGAUCAAGAUCAAGACCAUUGAGGACUCGACCAAUCCUCUGCUAACAAAAAGGAGGAAGAAAGCCAGUCACCCCAUGCCGGACCCCCAGUCUGCUGCCCACUGAGAGUUGCACACAUGCAUGCACAUCCAGACACAGGUUGUAAAAAGGAAGCAAUAAUUUGUCGACACGUGAGUCGCGCUGCAUGGGUUUUUCUCAGUGUUUUAUUUUUCAUUGCAAAUUCUAAUGUUUUGUAGGAGUUUGUUUUUCUUACUCUACCGUUUUAACAAAACCAUCCCUCUGCUCCGGCAGAGGUGAUGUUUAUCUGUGUUUUUACACCAGUGAAGAGAUUAUGAA